AUGGCUACCCAUUUGCAGUUCACAGUAAACCAGGGGUUGGCGACACUGGCGUUCUUUGGAGUUGGAGUGAACUUGGUGUUGUUCCUAACGCGCGUUUUGCAGCAGAACAACGCAGACGCUGCGAACAACGUUAGCAAAUGGACAGGAACUGUUUAUAUCUUCUCUUUGGUCGGAGCGUUUCUCAGCGAUUCUUACUGGGGUCGUUACAAGACUUGCGCUAUCUUCCAAGUCAUUUUUGUCAUCGGACUUUCGUCAUUAUCGCUAUCAUCGUACAUGUUCUUGAUCAGACCAAAAGGCUGUGGCGAUGAAGUCACGCCUUGCGGUACGCAUUCCACGAUGGAGAUCACAAUGUUCUACCUUUCGAUCUACUUGAUCGCAUUGGGGAAUGGCGGUUACCAACCGAACAUUGCAACGUUUGGAGCGGAUCAGUUCGAUGAGGAGCAUCCUAAAGAAGCCUACUCAAAGAUUGCGUUCUUCAGCUACUUCUACCUUGCAUUGAACCUAGGAUCGCUCUUUUCGAACACGAUCUUGGGCUAUUUCGAGGACGAGGGAAUGUGGGCACUCGGGUUUUGGGCGUCCACUGGCUCUGCCAUCUUGGCUCUGGUUCUUUUCCUCGUUGGAACACCGAGAUACCGUUAUUUCAAGCCAACGGGGAAUCCUCUUUCGAGGUUUUGCCAAGUUUUGGUCGCUGCAACGAAGAAAUCAUCUAUGGAGGCGCCUUCAAGAGGAAGAGAGGAGAUGUACGACGAAGAUAAACAAGGGAAAAACGCUCCAGGAAACACAGGGAGGAGGAUAGUGCAUACCGAUGAGUUCAAGUUCUUGGACAGAGCUGCGUACAUCACAUCAAGAGAUCUUGAUGACAAGAAACAAGGAGGAGUGAACCCGUGGAGGCUUUGUCCGGUGACACAAGUCGAGGAAGUCAAGUGUAUUCUUAGACUGAUGCCGAUUUGGCUCUGCACUAUACUCUACUCUGUCGUCUUUACCCAAAUGGCCUCUCUGUUUGUGGAGCAAGGCGCAGCGAUGAAGACCACUGUCUCAGAUUUCAAAAUCCCUCCGGCAAGUAUGUCCAGCUUCGACAUCCUCAGCGUCGCUUUGUUCAUAUUCAUAUACCGCAGAGUCCUCGAGCCACUAGCCACCAGGUUCAAGAAGAAGGACGGAACGAAGGGAAUCACCGAGCUUCACAGGAUGGGAAUCGGACUUGUGAUUGCUAUCUUAGCUAUGAUCGCAGCAGGAGUUGUUGAAUGCUUUAGGCUUAAGUAUGCAGACAAGAGCUGCACUCACUGUGAUGGCUCAAGCUCAUUAAGCAUCUUCUGGCAGGUUCCCCAAUACUCGCUCAUCGGGGCAUCAGAAGUGUUCAUGUACGUGGGUCAGCUUGAGUUCUUCAACGCGCAGACACCAGACGGACUAAAGAGCUUCGGGAGUGCUCUGUGUAUGAUGUCAAUGUCGAUGGGGAACUUUGUGAGCAGCUUGUUGGUGACAAUGGUGGUGAAGAUCUCUACAGAGGAUCACAUGCCUGGUUGGAUCCCAAGGAACCUCAACAAAGGUCACUUGGACAGAUUCUACUUCCUCCUGGCUGCGUUGACCAGCGUUGACCUGGUGGUGUACGUUGCAUGUGCAAGGUGGUACAAAUGUAUAAAACUAGAAGGGAAAGAUGAGAUGCAAGACAUGAUGAGUGAUGAUGAAAAUGACACCGACAGUGACGACUACGAGGAGCCGAUGAAGGAUUCUAAAGUCUAA